AUGGGCUUUCACACGACUGCCGCAGGCGAGGAUGAUCUUCCUCCGGUGGUUCCGGUGGCGGUGCAAAGCGCUUGGUUUGCUGCACAGAAGGUGGAAUUCCAUGACAUCAGCUCCGAUGGUGAAGAGCAAGAAACCCAUCAGCCACCAGAGACAGACGAUGUACAGUACCCUGCGGGGCUCCACUACGUCCAGCGCGUGGCAGAGCUUGAAGCGCAGAGUGACGAGCUGAAGCUGCGUCUCGAAGAGCUCCAUGCCUCAGAAAGUGCACUGCGCCGGGAGAGCCAGGAGAAGAAUGACCUGAUCACCGUGCUGCUGCAAAAGGCCAAACUGCCGAACUCCGAGACUGGCCUGGGCCUUUGGGGAGAUCUCUGCACACGACGAUUCUCCGGGGAGCAGACGGCGAAGGAGGCCAUCGCUAUUCGGUUGGAGGUGUGUGGCGAAACCGCAAAGCAGCUUCCGAAGAGGAAGCUCAAGAGCUUGAGAGGAUUGUAG